UGGGCCAGGGCAGCCAAGAUGGCCGACUUCGAGGAUCGGGUGUCGGUUGAGGAGAAGGUACGGAUAGCUGCUAAAUUCAUCACUCAUGCACCCCCUGGUGAAUUUAAUGAAGUGUUCAAUGAUGUCCGACUACUACUUAAUAACGACAAUCUCCUCAGGGAAGGAGCAGCACAUGCCUUUGCCCAGUAUAACAUGGAUCAGUUCACACCUGUGAAGAUAGAAGGCUAUGAAGAUCAGGUUUUGAUUACAGAACAUGGUGACCUGGGUAAUAGCAGAUUCUUAGAUCCAAGAAACAAGAUUUCCUUUAAGUUUGAUCACUUACGGAAAGAAGCAAGUGACCCCCAACCCGAGGAAGUAGAUGGCGGUCUGAAGUCUUGGAGAGAAUCCUGUGACAGCGCUUUAAGGGCCUACGUGAAAGAUCACUAUUCCAACGGCUUCUGUACUGUUUAUGCUAAAAUUAUAGACGGGCAACAAACCAUUAUUGCAUGCAUUGAAAGCCACCAGUUUCAGCCUAAAAACUUCUGGAAUGGUCGCUGGAGAUCAGAGUGGAAAUUCACUAUCACGCCACCUACAACUCAAGUGGAUGGAGUACUUAAAAUACAGGUUCACUAUUACGAAGACGGAAAUGUCCAGUUAGUUAGUCAUAAAGAUGUACAGGAUUCAAUAACUGUUUCAAAUGAAGCCCAAACUGCCAAAGAAUUUAUUAAAAUCAUAGAGAAUGCAGAAAAUGAGUACCAGACGGCAAUUAGUGAAAACUACCAAACCAUGUCAGACACCACAUUCAAGGCGCUGCGCCGGCAGCUUCCAGUUACCCGCACCAAAAUCGACUGGAACAAGAUACUCAGCUACAAGAUUGGCAAAGAAAUGCAGAACGCUUAAAGGCUGAAAGUCGGUAUUCUUCAUUAUCUGAAAAGAAAGGAGUCCCCAUGUGAUCAUUCGCUAUCUAAGUGAUUUAUAAACAAGAGUGAUAUUUUGCUAGGGCUUUCAAAAGUUAACAGGUUUUCUAGCCUCAUGGCAUACUGUUGAACCUAUAGCAUCGUCUCGUUCCUUUGUGUUCUUUCUGCCUUGUCAUUUUCUUUUUUCACUAUAUCUACUUGUAAAUUUUUUUUUUUAAUUUUGCCACAUUU